AUGCCUCCAACAACCAAUCUCUUGCUCAUUCUCAUCAGCAUAAGCAUAUUUCCAUUCUUCACAAAUGGUGCACUACAACCCCAGCAUCAGCAUGCUCAUGGCGGCGGCUGCAUCCCGGCCGAGAGGGCCGCCUUGCUCUCCUUCAAAGAGGGCGUUACAAGCAACAACACCAACCUCCUCGCCUCUUGGCAAGGACAGGACUGCUGCCGGUGGAGAGGAGUCAGUUGCAGCAACCGAACAGGCCAUGUCAUCAAGCUUCGACUUCGCAAUCCGAAUGUGACGCUCUACGCCUAUGGAGAUGAAGAUGCCAAUGCUUUGUUCGGCGAGAUAAGUCCCUCUCUACUUUCCUUGAAGCAUCUAGAGCACCUGGACCUUAGCAUGAACUGUUUACUAGGGCCAGAUGGACAAAUUCCUCAUUUUCUGGGCUCCAUGGUGAACUUGAGAUACCUUAACCUCUCUGGCAUACCAUUCAAUGGUAGAGUGCCUUCUCAGCUUGGUAAUCUGUCUAAGUUGCAGUAUCUUGACCUUGGCCAAGAUACUGGUUAUCCUGGGAUGUACUCAACAGACAUCACCUGGUUAACAAAGUUGCAUAUCCUGAAGUUCCUUAGCAUGAGUGGUGUGACGCUCUCAGGGAUAGUUGAAUGGCCUCAUACCCUGAAUAUGAUUCCGCCUCUGAGGGUUAUUGAUCUUUCUUGGUGUCAACUUGAUAGUGCAAACCAAUCACUUCCACACCUUAAUCUCACAAAACUUGAGAAGCUUGACCUGUCAGGAAAUGAUUUUGAGCACUCACUUGGAUCUGGUUGGUUUUGGAAAGCAACAAGCCUCAAGUACCUCGGUCUUGGGGAGAACAGACUAUCCGGUCAGUUGCCUGACACACUAGGAAACAUGACCUACCUUCAAGUCCUUGAUAUUUCAGAUAACGGGACCACGGACAUGAGGAUGACAGGAAACCUGGAGAAUCUUUGCAGUUUGGAAAUCCUUGACAUCUCCAUUAAUGGGAUAAAUGGAGACAUAGCAGUGUUGAUGAAGAGUUUGCCACAAUGCACACGGAAAAAAUUGCAGCAGCUGGAUUUAGCUAGCAACAAUUUCACUGGAACUCUGCCAAAUUUUAUCAGUGAUUUCACCAGGUUGAGCAUACUAAGCAUCUCCUAUAACAGCCUUGUUGGACCUAUACCACCACAGCUUGGGAAUUUGACAUGUCUAACAUCUCUUGAUCUCAGCAACAAUCACCUCACUGGAAGCAUACCAACUGAAUUCGGGGCCCUUACUACUUUGACUUCUUUGUGCAUAUACUGUAAUGGCCUCACCGAGAGUAUACCAGCCGAGCUUGGGAAUUUGAGGUAUUUAACUACUCUUGAACUCUGGGGCAACGAAAUUACUGGAUCUAUACCAACACAGCUUGGGAAUCUGACAUCUCUAACCUCCCUUGACCUCAGCAACAAUCACGAAAUUACUGGAUCUAUACCAACACAGCUUGGGAAUUUGACAUCUCUAGCCUCCCUUGACCUCAGCAACAAUCUCCUCACUGGAAGUAUACCAGCCGAGGUUGGGAAAUUGAUGUAUUUGACUACAAUUGACAUGUCCAGAAAUCAUCUCAACGGAAGUGUACCCAUUGAAAUAGGUUCUCUUAUUAAUCUGAUUUCUCUGGACCUAAGCAACAAUAGAUUUACUGGUGUGAUCACAGAAGAACACUUCGCAAAUCUAACAAGUUUAAAGGAAAUAGACUUGUCUUCCAACAAUUUGAACAUUCUACUAAAUUCAGAUUGGCGUCCUCCCUCUACACUGGAAUCUGCAGGGUUUGCAUCUUGCCAGAUGGGUCCUUUGUUUCCACCUUGGCUUCAGCGGCUGAAAACCAAUGGACUUGACAUUUCAAGCAAUGCUCUAAAGGGCAAGUUUCCUGAUUGGUUUUGGUCCGCAUUUUCACAUGCCAACUAUCUGAACAUCUCUAACAACCAAAUAAGUGGCAGCUUGCCAACACAUAUGGAUGGCAUGGCUUUCAAAGAACUCUAUCUCGGUUCGAACCGGCUUACUGGACCAAUACCUACCUUUCCAACAAAUAUCACCAAGUUAGACAUCUCCAACAAUACCUUUUCAGAAACAAUACCAUCAAAUCUUGAAGCCUCACAACUUGAAGUAUUGUCUAUGCAUUCAAAUCAAAUUGGUGGCUACAUUCCAGAAUCUAUUUGCAAAUUGCAACAGCUGGCGUAUCUGGAUUUGUCGAACAACAUUUUGGAGGGUGAGAUUCCACAAUGUUUUGACAUCUUCAACAUAGAAUUUCUUAUACUCGGCAACAACAGUUUAUCAGGAAAAAUCCCAACAUUUUUGCAGAACAACACGGAUAUGAAGUUCUUGGAUUUAGCAUGGAAUAAGUUCUCUGGAAGAUUACCCACAUGGAUAGGAAAGCUGGUGAACUUACGUUUUCUCAUACUGGGCCACAAUAAAUUUUCCGAUAAUAUUCCAGUCGGCAUAACAAAGCUGGGGUAUCUUCAAUACUUGGAUCUAUCAGGCAAUAGCUUCUCUGGUGCAAUACCUUGGCAUCUGUCGAAUCUGACAUUUAUGACAACAUUACAAGAGGAAUUAACGGAUAUGCAUGUUGAUGUUGAAUACGAAAGAAACAUGAUAGUUUUUCCAAGGUACACAAUUGGAGCUGAUCGCCUAGGACAAAUAUUGUCAGUAAAUACAAAAGGGCAGCAGCUUAUCUAUGGUAGAACACUUGCAUAUUUUGUGGGCAUUGAUUUAUCAUGCAACUCCUUGACUGGUGAAAUUCCUACAGACAUCACUUUGCUUUCUGCACUAAUGAAUUUGAAUUUAUCAUCGAACCAGUUGAGUGGACAAAUUCCAAACAUGAUUGGCGCCAUGCAGUCAUUAGAAUCACUCGACCUCUCUCGGAAUAACCUUUCUGGUGAAAUCCCAUCGAGCUUGUCAAGUCUGACAUCUCUGAGCUACCUGAACCUGUCCUACAACAGUUUGUCUGGAAGGAUACCAUCUGGCCACCAACUUGACACCCUCAAUACUGAAAACCCGUCAAUUAUGUACAUCGGCAACAAUGGACUUUGUGGGCCUCCUGUCCAUAAGAAUUGUCCAGGAAAUGAUCCUUCCACUAGUAGCGAUCUGGAAAGAAGCAAGGAAGAAUUUGACCCACUGACCUUUUACUUUGGUCUUGUACUGGGAUUUUUGAUGGGGCUCUGGAUGGUGUUUUGUGCACUGCUGUUCAAGAAGACAUGGAGAGUUGCUUAUUUCCGCCUCUUCGACAAGGUGUACGAUCAAGUCUAUGUAUUUGUGGCUGUGAAGUGGGCAAGCUUCGGAAAGAACACAGAUGCAGAAUAA